AAUAGCAGGUCUUUCCUUUUAUUUCAUAUAUUUACCACAUAUGCAAUAUCUUGCAUUUAAAGAAAUAUUUAUAAACUUUUCCUCCUCUUCAUUACACCUGACAGGCAACAAAUGCCAUACCUUCAUCAACACAUUAUGAAUGAGAAAAGAAGUUUCAGUGUUCUGAUGACAAAGAGUCUUUGGGGGAGUCAGAUAUUUAAUUCAAUAUCUACACUCCAAGAACAUUCUUUAAGGUCUCAGGAGGCCUAAGGAAAAUUAGUUCACAUAUCCCUGAACUACCUCUCAAGUAGAUGUUUUCUUAUCCUUUUUAGAGAUGAGCAUCAUCUAAUAUGUGCUAUAGAAAUAAAUAUUGGAUACUGAGAAUACAUAUAAACCAGAAAAUAACCAGAAAGAACUGGACUGGUGAUUUAGGUUUUCCAUACUUUUACUAAUACGACAUUUCUUUGUUCCUAAUUGAUAAGGUGUUACCUAUUUUCCUUAAACAUUUAAAAGCAAACUUUUUUUUUGUUUGUCUGUAGAAUGUAUAACAUUGCAAAUAAACCACAAAUGGUGUACAACUUGAAGUUGUCACAAUUUUAAAAAAAUAUUUUCAUAAAGCCCUUUCUAUACUGUGUUAAGAAUCACUUGGAAUUACAUCCACACAAGUCUACUUAAGGGACUGCAAAACGGGAUAUGGCAUAUGACUGAAAAUGAUGUUGGAUAGAGAACAGGACUUAGAAUCAUAAGGUUUGAGCUUGAAUCCUCCCUUGGACAAGCUGUGUUGCCCUGGGUAGGUCACUGGACUCAGGAGACCAGCUAACUUUUCAUUUUCCACCAGAUGUGAUGCUUAGAUUUGACUCCUCCAUCAUUAUGGCCCCUGUACUGGGUGCCUUUUCUUGCCUGCUCCCCACCUUCUGCUUCCUUUUUUUGUGUUGUUUUUCCCCAUUAGAUAUAUGCUCCUUGAAGGCUUUUCUUUUUCUUUUGUGUAUCCCUGGCAGCUUAGCACAGUGCUUAACACAAUAGUAGGAACUUAAAGGCUUCAGGAUUUUCAUCUGUUAACAUAAAUAUUAGCAGCUAUCACACAAGAUUGUUAUAAGAAUCAAAAGAAUUAAUAUAUGUAAAGUGUUUUGCAAACUUUAAAGUGCUAUAUAAAUGUUUAGUAUUAUUUGUAAAAUUACACUUCAUUUUAAAUAGUGUCUUUAAGAGAGCAUUCUACAUAACAGUAAUAAAGAGCUAGCAUUUAUAUAGCAUCUAUUUGCCAGACACUAUGAUAAGUGCUUUACAAACAUUAUCAACAUUAACAAAUAAUAAUAGCUAAAACAGACAAUAAGCUUAGUUCUGUAAAUGCCAGGUAUUGCACUAAGCACUGAGAAUAGAACUCCUCCCUUGGACAGAGGUUAACCAAUGUUUCUAAGAUUGGUAAAAUAGAGGAGUGGGAGUGGAAAAAAUGCUCCAGGAGCUUAUUUGCUUGAGGCUUCAUUGACCUUCUUCCAGGCAGCAGCAAAAAUCUUGGCUCUCUCUAUCCAUUACAUUUGCUGUACAUAUCUAAAGUUUGUUGCUAAGCUUACUCUGGAAACCACCUGGCUGGCUUCCUCUCCAGAGCCUCCUAAUUGUGGCUAUGGAAUAUAAGCGUCUUGGAGACAGGGUUUGUUUGGAGACACACACACACACACACACACACACACACAUUGUCCUUGUUUGGUCACUCAUACACACACAGACACACAGACACACACACUCACACACUUUGUCCUUUUCUCUCUCCCCGCGGACCUUGCGCAUGGUUGGCAUUUCAAGGUAUGCUCAAUUGAAUUGCCAGUGCACACAGAAGCCUGCAGGCGAGGAAGUGGCAGCUCACGAAGUGCCGGGGAUGGGGUGGGGGGUGGAGGGUGGGGGGAUUGGCGGGGCCUGGGGGAUUCCCCACCUCGGACCUGUCACACUCUGGCUCCAAGCUGGCCACAGCAAUUCUUCCCUAUAGCAGUUCACAACGAUGCCGGGGGCCCCACGUAGGCAUUGCCAUGGCACCGUGCACACAAUGGUGCCCCGCGCUACAUUCCCCCAGAGUCCCUGUCCAAGGAGGGCCUAGGGUACUGCCCCGGGGGCAUUCUUGCCUUUCGCCGCAGCUAGGCUCUCAGUAAGGCCGCAGGGUGGCGGGGGCCAGCGAGCCGGGUGGGGCCCUGGCCAGUAGCCCGGCCCAGGGCGGGACCCGGUUGGAGGGCCCAGGCCGUGGGGCACAAGUCGAUUGGCUAGGCAGGUUCCCCGCAGGUCCGGACCCCAGAGGGAUAAGCCCCCUUCUUCCCUGCAAGUGGAGCCCCGAUUGGCCAUUGGGCCAUUGGACUGGUCCCCUCCACUCACACACUCUCUCUUUCUCUCUCUCUCCCCCUACAAACCAGAUGGAAACGGGUUGGGGUGGGAGGGAGAAGUAAGGAGGGAGGAGGAAGAGCGGUCCUGGAGCUAGGGGCUACGGAGAACCAAUCAGAUCGAUCUGUGGGAACGAGGCAUCCUCCUGACCAAUAGCAUUCUGCGGUCCGGGUCGGUGCCGGCUGACGCGAGGCUCAGUCGUAGCCAAUGGGAGGGCUUUUGCCUGUCCGCUCUUCAGCAGCCGGUCGGGGGCGGUGGGAAGGGGAGUGAGGAGAGCACGGCUGUAGCGGCGGCAGCGACGGUGGCAGUGGCGGCGGCGGUGGCGACAGCGGCGACAGCGGUAGCUGUAGUGGCAGAAGGAAGCAUCGCUGGUCUAGGGAGGGGGUGAUCGCGGCCUGGUCCCCCCGGAUUUCGGGACAGAAUGGUUUCGAUUCCAGAAUACUAUGAAGGAAAGAAUGUCCUGCUCACAGGUGCCACUGGUUUCCUGGGGAAGGUGCUUCUUGAAAAGUUACUUCGGUCUUGUCCUAAAGUGAAUUCAGUGUAUGUAUUAGUGAGACAAAAAGCUGGCCAGACCCCACAAGAGCGUGUGGAAGAAGUGAUUAGUGGCAAGCUUUUUGACAGACUGAGAGAUGAAAAUCCACAAUUUAGACAAAAAAUCAUAGCAAUCAGCAGUGAACUCACACAGCCAAAACUGGCCCUUAGUGAAGAAGACAAAGAGAUUAUCUUAGAGUCUACUAAUAUCAUAUUCCACUGUGCAGCUACCGUCAGAUUUAAUGAAAAUUUAAGAGAUGCAGUUCAGCUAAAUGUGAUUGCUACUCGACAGCUUAUUCUCCUUGCACAGCAAAUGAAGAAUCUUGAAGUAUUCAUGCAUGUAUCAACAGCUUAUGCAUACUGCAAUCGGAAGCAUAUCGAUGAAAUAGUCUAUCCCCCUCCUGUUGACCCCAAGAAAUUGAUUGAUUCUCUAGAGUGGAUGGAUGAUGGCCUAGUAAAUGAUAUCACUCCCAAACUUAUAGGGGACAGACCUAAUACUUACAUAUAUACAAAAGCCUUGGCUGAAUAUGUUGUACAACAAGAAGGAGCAAAGCUAAAUGUGGCAAUUGUAAGACCAUCAAUUGUUGGUGCCAGUUGGAAGGAGCCUUUCCCAGGAUGGAUCGAUAACUUCAAUGGACCAAGUGGUCUCUUUAUUGCUGCAGGGAAAGGAAUUCUUAGAACGAUGCGUGCCUCCAACAAUGCCCUUGCCGAUCUUGUUCCUGUAGAUGUAGUAGUCAACACAAGUCUUGCAGCAGCCUGGUAUUCUGGAGUUAAUAGACCAAGGAACAUCAUGGUAUAUAACUGCACGACAGGCAGCACUAAUCCUUUCCACUGGGGUGAAGUUGGAUAUUAUCUAAAUCAUUCCUUCAAGAUGAAUCCUUUAAACCAAGUGUUCAGGCGCCCCAAUAUUAAGUUGUAUUCCAACAACCUAAUGCUUCAUUAUUGGAAGGGUGUCAGACACACAGUACCUGCCUUAUUGCUCGAUCUUGCACUCAGGUUGACAGGUCAGAAGCCGCGGAUGAUGAAAACAAUAAGUCGUCUGCACAAAGCUAUGGUAUUUCUAGAAUACUUCACAAGUAAUUCUUGGGUUUGGAACACAGACAAUGUCAAUAUGUUGAUGAACCAGCUAAACCCUGAAGACAAAAAGACAUUCAAUAUAGAUGUGCGACAGUUGCAUUGGGCAGAAUAUAUUGAAAACUACUGCAUGGGAACUAAAAAGUAUGUAUUGAAUGAAGAAAUGUCAGGUCUUCCUGCAGCACGGAAACACCUGAACAAGUUGCGGAACAUACGCUAUGGUUUCAAUACUGUCCUUGUGAUUCUGAUUUGGCGUAUUUUUAUUGCAAGAUCACAAAUGGCAAGAAACAUCUGGUACUUUGUGGUUAGUCUGUGUUAUAAGUUCUUGUCCUACUUUAGAGCAUCCAGCACUAUGAGAUACUGAAGAAAAGAAUUUAGCAUUAGGACAUCUAUGCAUAUGGUGGUCUUAACUGCACAAAACCUGUAAAAUGUACUUAAGUUAUCUCACUUUUUGUCAAGACAUUAAACCAUCUUAGAUCUGGAGUGUGGAAUAAAUGACAGUACAUUUACUGUAACAUUUAAAUGUGUUUACUCACAGAAACCUAGACAAUAAACGAUUGGAUGUCAGCUAAACCAAUAUUAGCCAAUUCUAUGAUAACCACACAAUCAAGGCUUCACAUUUUUGUCCUGGAGAGUGUUUGGGGGAUGGGAACAAUGAGGGAGGAAGGUGGGAAAAAACUAGGACCACUGACCAAUAUAACUGUGCAACCUGGGAAAUACAUCGAUUGAAAUCUAUGCCUUAACAUAGUGAAUUUCUCAUUGUAAUUUUAACCUGAAUGGAAAUGUUCAUUUGGAUAUAAAUAUUGGCUUAUUUUUUAGAACUAAAUCUUUUAUCUUUCUUUUCCAUGGGAAUGUUUUAGUCCUAUAUAAAAUCUUGUCUAAACUAUGGCACAUUUUAUCCUUUAAGUUAUUGAAAAUUCUCAGAUAUGAAUGUGGUAGUAUCUUUUUUUUUACAUUAUCUUUUUUUUAAUUGUUAAGGAUUUGAUUCACUUAGUUUCAUUUUCUCCAAUCAUUUUAUUUUAUUGUUGAAAAGCAAUUUAGCCAUAGGUUUGACUUGACCUACAGAAUUUGAUGGGUUUCAGAAUUCAUAUAUUUUCUAAUGUAUUUUUGAAGGGAAAUUAAUAACAGCCACACAGCAGAAUAGUCAAAAUAUUAAAAGGAAUAGAAAUACCAGCUGCUAAGUUUUUCUAUUUAUGGAUGAUUAUGAAAUUAGUCCAGUAGGUAUCUCUUGAACUUUUGAAGCCUGAAGAUUUCUUUAGACUCUUCUCCAUGCCUUUCGUUCACCCCUUUUAUAAAAUUGUCCUCUUAGAAUUUUUAAGAUAUGUACUUUCUUUCCAACAAAAACUGAAUGUGCAUUAUGAAAGAAUGUAUUUGUGAGCAGUGAUGCCAUCUUUCAGACAUACAGAUGUGUGUAAGCACAUACUACUAACUUGCAAGCUGAAUUCCUUCAAGAAAAAAAAUAAGACUUCAAAGAAUAAUGUGUAUUAAAUCCAAAUAAAGGAAUUUAUUAAUAUACCAUGUUUAAUAGCAAACUUGACUGAAUUUGGAGAUACUGUCUAUUUUCUGUGCAUGUGGUUUUAGCUUUAGUAAGAAAUACAUUUAUAGAGACUUCUAGGGACAAGAAAGAGUUGAAGUAUAUUUUAAUGACAUUAUGGUUUCUCUUUAAAUCUCAGUAGAAUGCUAUAUUAUACUCUUUUAACAUAACUUUCAUUUAACAAAUUGUUCAGCAUAACACUGUGUUCAAAUUAAAAGGAUCACGUUGUACUGUAUUUAAAUCAUCAGCAAUGAAUCUUUGAAUAUAUAUGUAUAUAUAUGUAUAUAUAUAUAUAUUUAAAGAGGUCAAUUCACAACACAAAAUAAUUAUAUAUAAAACUCAACACCUUGACAUUUUCUUUGUCAGUUUCAAAGCAGUGUCUGAAAGGCUUAUUUUGUUACUGUUGUGAAAAGCUAAUUGUAAAGGAAAACACCUUCUUUUGUGUAGGUGUAUAAUCUUGAGAUGAAAAAUGCUUCCAUGUUGAAGCCAAACUUUCUGUAGUAAAAACUUUAAACAUCCUUUUAAACGAUACUGUAUAUAUAGAAAUAUAAAUGUGUGUACGCACAUGUGUGUACAUAUAUGUAUGCAUAGGUUAUAUGUGUGUGUAUACAUACAUAUAUAUGUAUUCUUUGAAAUGCUAUUUGGUUUCUGGUCCAGGACCAUACCUUUUUUAAGGUGUGAGAGACCUGAAUAGUGUCUAAAAUGGAAUAAAUGAUGGUUCCUGUGGUUUUAACUGUUCCACUUAAUAUUCCUACUGUAUGCAUUAAACCAUCUCCCUGAAUGUAUUCUCAUUAUUGAAAAUAUGCUAAUAUGGGUAUGAUUUACAGUUUCUUCAAAAAUAUUCCUAGAAUCCUGGGACCUAUCUUUGUAUCUUGUAUGUGAACUUGGAGGAAAAUGCAGCUGCUCCAUCACUAUUGAGUGCAACAGGAGUAUGCACGUUUUAUGUGUAUGUACAUAUGUAUGUGCGUACGUAUGUUCAGUUUGUUUCAUUCAUACUGUUGUACCAUAACAUAAAAGUAUGUCUCCUCCGAAUUCCUCUGAUUGUAAGUCUGGGAGGUCCUGAAGCCCUUGCACUAAUUUUCUCUGUUGACAAUUCUGCUUUUAAAGAAAGGCUGUUAAAUAAAUUAACUGUGAAUCAGUA